AUGCUGCUAACCCCGCUCUUUUCUCUGAUGAGCCGGCUGUGGGACGAACACAGCGCAGACGCCAACCAUGGCCCAGGGAGAACCCUGAAUGCAGCUGAAUAUACAGAAGAAGCUCAGCCUGCAACGCCCUUGAACAACCUGUCAGAAGCCAUGGUCGCAAUUCAGGAUGGUGGGACACGAGUUGGGAGAUCUCAGAUAAGCCCACGUGCAGACUCCCAACAAGCAGGGACCACAAACAGAAACUGGAUACCCCAUUGGAGUUAUAAGAAAAGCUCCAUUGCUGCAGCCUGCAUAUUCACGGCUAUUACAGUCAUGGCCUUCAUUUUCUUGGCCAUCUUAUCCAUAAGGAAGAUCAAAAGAAGCUGGGAGCGACAUAAGCGCGAAAGGUUGAACUACGCAAGCUCCAGAUACUCCACCCUCUGCUUGCUCGAGGACGGUCACAAGAUGGAGUCAACAGGAAGCAAGCAAUCGAGUAGAGAGUCCUUGAUGUUCAGUCGUAAUCGUUCGCCAUCUUCGACCUAUGUCGUCGAACAAGAAGGUACCUCUGUGACGAGGGUUUACCGCGCGAGCAAGAAUGUUUCUACACUUGCGCUGGAUCUACCCUCUUCUCACCUGGGAGAUGGAAGCUCCACCCCCCAAUUAAGUUCCAUACCGGAACGUCCAGUCAACGCCCUCAGGCCCUCCCGGCAUGAACGUCAUGGCUCGAAGGCUAAGUCGAUUGUUGUUGUACCAUCUCCCUUGAAGCCGGUGGCAUCAUUCUCAGUCAAACCGAUGACACAUCGGUCAGAGCCCGCUGAAAGCUUCGAGCGGACACCUUUGAGGCCCGACAGUGAGGCAGGUGAUACCCCGUCGAACAACAAGCGCGAGUCCUUUGGUGCGAAUAGUUUGUUCAAGCUACCAGCAAUACAAAGAACAAUGUCGCCUCUUUUCUCAUUUUGA